AAUCAAAGAACACUGAUCGAUGGAAACAAUGUGACAGAUGAACUUAAGAGAGUUAACAUAAUAAUUACAUAAAUAUGAUUCUAUUCUUGAUAGGGCUAAGUACGUUUAGCAUAGGACUAAGUCAUGCUUCAACUUGUCAUAGCUUACAGCAAUCACAGCUGGCAUCGCUCAAUGAGCGAAUGAAUCAGAUGAUCAACGCGCUAUACCCAUUCUCCAAGGCCAAGUCGUCUGGGGUAUCGUAUCAAAGUUCAACACCCGCGCCGCCCAGUGAAUACUCAACAGUACCUCCAUACGAACCGUCUUGCUACCAGUACCCACCCUCAGGAUACCAAGUGCCCUCACAGGGGUACCAAGCGCCCUCACAGGGAUACCAAGCACCGUCGUCACAGGUCAUCUACAUGUCACAGCCGCAGUCUUCGUCAACAGUAGCCAUAUCUCCGCCUUCACCUGGAAACCCGCCUACAGUUACAAUAUCGACUACUCGAUCAUGUUACCCUUCAUAUGAACAGGAGUACGCUUAUGAAGCACCUAAAUAUCCGCCCCAGUAUUAUGAGUACACGUACCCUCAGUACGCGCCGCCGCCGCCGUACUCAGCUUCGCAGUACACACAGCCAGAAUGCAGCUGCCAGCAGGAGUACCCUCCACAGCAAGCUUGUCCUCACAGGCAACCUGCGCCGUCGAUGCCCCCGCAACCAGAGUAUCAAAACUGCCCGCCAGCGCCUCCGUGCUCGCCACCGCCACCAUAUCAGCCCCCUAAUUACCCGCCGCCGCCAUCAUCCCCAUACACGCCGCCAUACGCGCCGCCCACGCCAGCAUCUUACUCACCAGUGCCACAAUCGUGCACGCCGCCGCAGUCUUACCCAGCCCCACCACAGUCUUACCCACCACCGCCACAGUCUUACCCGCCGCCGCCACAAUCUUACCCACCACCGCCGUAUACCUACGGACCACCUGCAUACCCCCAAAAUAACUUACAGUACUCACCUAUUCCGACAAGCCCUCGAGACCUGAUUCAGAUGCCACAGUUUUAAGUAACUUAGUUUUAAUAAUUUAUUUAAUGUUUUAUACUAAAACUGUAAUAAAUGCUGAGACUUA